UUGCUUGUGCAAAUGCAAUGCGGCGAUAGAAACAGAUACAGUAGGAGGUACUGGCAAAUGGACACCCAAGCUUCAACAUAAUGUCAACAUCACCAAAUGAACCUGCAUCCUCAGGAACGACAGAGAAAACACUUGAAGAUGUGAAAACUAUCAAUGAUAAAGCACCCGAAAAUGCGGUCACAGCAGUAAACACAAGAAAGGAACCACCUCCUGAAAAGCCCGAAAAUGCUCGCAUGCGAACCCAAGUUCUUAUUUCAUUCUGGGCUAUUAUUUUAUUAUUUGGUGUGCCAAUAUGGUGGAGAACGACGACAAUAUACAGAGCUCCAUUACCUUUAGAUCAGAUGACAGAUUGGGCCGAAGGAAGAGUAUGCUGCAAUCAAUCGCAUCGCUAGCAUUUACUGAUUGAUAAUUAUAGGCAUGUCGACCAGUCUUUCCCCUUACAAUCUCAAUAGAAGCCGAAUCAUUGCAGGAAAAUGAAGCUCAAAAUCUUUUGCGAACUACACAACAUGCUUUAGACGAUUUAAAUGACUUCUCCGCGCAUCAUUUACGGUUACAACUUUCCCCGCCAAACAAUGCUUCCGCGUCUGCCAAGGGCCUCUCAUCUGGAGGAAUGGGAGAGGACGUUGCUUUGACUAUUAGACUUCUGCCUGGGGCGGUGUCACAAUUCAAUUUGCAAGCCUAUGCACCUGUUUUAGAUAUAUACUAUCCUCCAAAUCAGAUUCCCUCGAGUUCAUCAUCAUCUUCUUCAUUGGCGACUUAUAUUGCAAAUACCUUACGCGGCGUGUUUGCCGAAGAACAGGCUAUGAUCGCAUAUUUACUUUCCACCAGCUCCGCGCCUCCAGAAAGAAGCCCUAAAGUACUGGCGCCAGAAGUGGCAGAUACUUUGGCUAAAUGGACGACGCGAUCAUUGAAAUAUUCUGGAACUUAUCACUUAACCUUCUCCCUCUUUACUCCAACUGCCACUCCCUCUUCUUGGGAUAUUGAAGCUGCGCUAGAGGAAUACAUGAAGCCAUUACUUGAAAGCUUCACUGCUAUCAGUAAUUUCACAAUCGAUACCCAAGUCCAAUUAUAUGCCAACCCCGGUGUCAGCGGAAAUGUCUUACGAAAAGACGAUCUAAGCGGAUUCAUUAACGCCGCUGAAUGGCCCUUAAGUCCCAGUAUCGGCGGCGCCCCCACUAUAAAUUUCAUUCUCUACGUAGGCGACAUGGAAGUAGAAGGAGGCGGCAAGAGUUGGCUAAUUCCCCAAUGGGGAGGAGUAGUCAUACAAUCCGACAUCUCCGAUUUACGCCCCGCCAUGCUCACUUUCUCAAAUCAAUUAAUGUCCUUAAUGGGCGCUCCUGAGACCGGGUCGCUCCCCCUCCGCUUAAUGACACUAGUACGUGUUCGUAGCGCUGGCCUUCUGCUAAAAGCAAGCGGUACACUAGGAAGUCUAGCGAGAUUGAGUAAGGCGCUUCCUUCCAUUAGUAUACCGGAAUCAGUACAAGAAGGUGUUUAUACAACCAUCGAACAUUUGAAAAAAUCGUGUGACGGAUUGGGAGGGAAGGAAGGAUUGGAAAAUGCUCGGAUUGCGGAAGAGGCGGCAGAAAAAGCGUUUUUUGAAAAGAGUAUGGUGGGCCAGGUGUAUUUCCCGGAUGAACACAAAGUGGCGGUUUAUAUGCCUUUGUUGGGACCCGUGGGCGUGCCUCUAGUUAUGAAUGUGUUGAAGGAAAUUAAGGCAUGGAGGAAGAGGAGUAGAAUGGCUAGCUAGUCGUAUUUAAAAUGAUGAGCUAGUGGUAUCUAGAAUAACGAUUUAAUGAAUUCUCAGUAACUUCUUUUUUUACCUACUUCCAUGUAUCUUUACAUUUUAUCCAUUUAUCGACUAAGUACUCUUCUCCUCC